CUCUCACACGCCACUCGCGCGCAUAACUCUCUCAAUGAUCGCCCCGCUGCUGAUCCUUUACGCGGCCACCGCGGCCUCAGCCCAGUCCGUCAGCGGCGCAGACCCGACUGUACCACCUGCUGCAAGCGGCGCGCCGGCUGCAGCGUCCUCAGCACCUGCUGGUCAGACUCCCCCGAACGCAUAUCACCCUACACGGUACUCCUUCACCUCGCCGAACGUCGUCUUCUACCCUCCUAACGACUGGACCACGUCCCAGCUGUCCUCGUUCGCCAACACGACGGGCAACUCGUCCGUCAGCGUAGCGCUCGCCGGCAGCGGCGCAAGCUUCUCCUUCAGCACGUCUCCUGCGCUCGAGCUUCUCGUGAACGGGAGCAACGCAGAGCACUGGAACGCAACCGCCAACAUAACCCAGUAUCAAGCUGCGGUCAGCGGCCUUCCGUACGGCUGGUGGAACUUUACGCUCGUCGGUAACGGGACUCUCACGUUCUCCAACGCGGUGGGGAACACAACCGGCUCGCGAUGGCUGCCUGCGCUCGCAGGCACUCCGGCAAAGACGAGCGACGCCGCUGCCCUCUCUGCACUCGGUGUUGACAUCCAGACGUCGGGCAACUGGACCGGCGAGUCGUGGAAAAUCACCCAGACGCCCGGGGCCGAGCUCACGGUCCGCCCCCGCAAGGGCACCGCACUGCUCGAGCUGAACCAGGACGUGCCUCCCACGCCGUUUGGCGCGUUCAACGUGUCGAUCUCUCCGCCUCCCCCAUACGGCCCAGCAGAGGAGUCGUUCCACCCCACCCUCCGCGGGGCGGACAUCCAGGCGGCGAUCGCGCAGCUCGACGUGCUCGUCUACGCCGUCCAGCUUGACCCCAACGUCGAGUACACCGUGCGCGUGGCGUACGCCGGGAAUGGCACAGACAAGUUCAGCGUCAGCUCGGUCGGCACCUAUGCCAGUUCGAUCCUCAGCGCAAACAACGGCACGGGCGAGAAGACGAACGGCACGGGCAAGCCGAGCGCGGCUGGAAAGCAGGUGUAUCUCGGCGCGAGCGUGCCGUGGGCUGUCGUGCCGUGUCUCCUUGCAGGUCUGUGGCUCGUGGUGUAAGUGGCCGCCGGC